AUGCCUCAAAACUGUCACGCUUGCAGCGCCAGCAAGUCCUCCCUCCGUCGUGCUGGCCUCGGUAAUCUCGCUUCAAAGAUACCCUUUCCAGUCGAGAUUUUGGUAGCGAAGACGACACGACAGACCGAGGAGAUACAGGGGAAGGAGGAAGGAGAUUGGUGGUCAUCGACAGAGUCCGAUCUCUCGGAGGCCUUGUCUGACAAUGGCUACACCUCGCAGGACAACGACCUCGAGGAUCUCGAUGAUCUUGGACGUCGUUUGAGAGACUGUUAG